AUGAAGACCUCAGCCGUCACCCUGUUCCUCGCCACCGCCGGCUACGUCUCCGCCGCGGCCAUCAUCACCCCCCGCCAGGAUGCGCAGGCCGACUACGACCGGGAGACGGACGACCUGAAGAGCCGCGGCCUCUGCCGCGCCUACAAGGGCGCCGAGCCGAGCUACUCCCACUGGCAAGACUUCUGCGACCCCGUGUGCGCCGGCGCCAAGGGCAUCGCCGCGCAGAACGACGGCACCUUCAGCGAAACCUGCGACGCCUCCCAGGCCACCGCCUCGCCCUACUUCCCCGACCCAACCGACGACGGCCUGACCUACACCUUCGGCACGUGCAAGUGCAACAUGCCCAUCAUCAACUGGGCCGGCGACGCCUUCGUGGCGGCCCUGCCUGCCAUCGGCCAGGUGACCUGCGCCGUGUGGAUCGAGGCAGCCAAAUCCGCGGCCGCCAUCCUCUCCGGCGUCAACGGCGCCAGCGCCGCCAAGACCGGCCUCCAGACGCUGUGGAAGGUCGCCAAGCUGCUGGCGAAGCAGGGCAAGAAGGCCUCCGACUGGGAGGACUACGUCAAGAAGCACGUCGCGGCCGGCGACGCCUGCGACCAGCUCGACAUCGGCAAGCUGUGGGACGAUGCUCAGCAGCUCUCUGACGACGUCUUCGCCAACGUUUCUUGA